AUGAAGCACUGUAAGGGAGGAAAUAUAUGGAGGAAAAUAAGAAUUAGAAAGAAAAAUGAUGAUUAUAAAAGAUAUAUCGUAGAACUUUGAAUAAUUUUUUUCUAUGAUUUAUUAAAUCUUUUGGAAUCUAGCAAAAAGUUUAUUGAACUAGAAUAUGCUUAUAUGAGUAUUUCUCAUAUCUAAUAGAUUAAUAUUGGUAAUAAGUUAAAUCAAAAAAAAUAUUUGCCAACUUUUAUUUAAUUUUCCUUACCAAUUAUAUAUAAGACUUUCUCUUUUAAAACCCUUUCUCUAUAAUUUUGUAUAUUCAAUUCAAUUUUCCCAAAAAAUGUCUUUUUCUCAACUGUAAACUCUAAACAGAAGAUAUGAUCACAAAUCGCCUCUUCGAGGUGAAGAUUCGCAGCAUAAAAACGAUCGGAUUCAAGUCUUUGAAAAGAGAUCGCUCAAACAAAAUUUUGCCAGGCCGUUAAGUGCUAAGCAUGAAGAUGUCAGGUCUAGUAAUAGUCCGAAGCCCAGCACAAAAAGGCCGACUUCAAGCAAACGGUCAGUAGUGGUUCGGCCGAGAUUUAUUGCAAAGCGAGAAGAAGACAACCUAAUCACACGACUGAGGUCAAGGAAUGUUCCUGUAGAAAAAGAGAAAUUAUACGAAGAAAAUAUGAUUUUAAAAGUACGUUUAAAUACAUCAAAUGAAGACAUUGUUAGACUGAAAACCAAACUAAAUCACCUAGAAAGAGAGCUCGCUAAAAAAGACGAGUCAAUUCAAGAAAUCAAAAAACAGUCCGAUUACCCAUCCCCCGAAAUGAAGCAAAGCUUUAUCAUAGUUAAAUUAAAAAAUACCAACAAAGAGCUGAAAAAUGAGGUGCAGGUCCAAUGACAUUGCCUUUUUGAUAGUGUCCAUUUCGCCGAAUUAUUUUUGGCCGAAAAUUGGUUAAAAUUUAUUGAUAGUGAGACAUUUGACCGAAAAAAAAAACGUUAAUUUCUAACCAAAUGCAACACUAUUUAAAUAUUUUUGACUAAAUGUAUUUUGAUGAAUGUACACUGUCAAAAAUCCACUGUCAUUUGACAUGGAGCCGAAAAAUGAAAUACUUAAAAAAGAGCAAGAAAUUAGCAUCAUAAGAAGAAAUGUUAAAGCUACUAAGGUGGAAGAGCUUGAGGUAGAAAUUAAAGCCUAUAUUGAUGAAUGCACACGACUAAAGCACAAUCUAGAAGAAGCACUUGCUGAAAGAGACCAGCCGAAAUUGCUAGAUGAAAAUUAUUAUCAGCAAGCUUUUAUUAUAGAAAAUUUAACAAAGGAAAAUCAGGAGCUGAAAAGUGUUGUUGAAAAAAAUAAAGAAGCUAUAUCAAAACUUAAAGGAAAAAUUGAAGAUGUAGAAAAAGAAAAUCCUAAAGAACAUAAAAAUUCGAACUGAAAGUUAGAAAUUCAAAAAUUAAAAAUGAUACUGGAAGCAGAAGAAAAAGAAAAAAAUGAUUUAAUUAGAGAAAUGGAUAAAAAAUUAGAAAAAUUAAAUGAGAAAACUGAAGAAAAUAGAAAAUUAAAAAAAGAGAAAAAAAAGCUUGAAAACGCGAAUCAAAAACUCGAGAGUGCGAACCAAAAACUUAAUGAAGAAAACCAAAAUAUAAAUAAUGACUAUCAAAAAGCAGCUCAUGAGCUAAAAACUGUUUCUAGUGAACUUGAAAAAGCUAAGAGAGAAUUAGCAGAACUUAAAGUUGAGGUGGAUAAAAUUAAAGCUGAAAAAUCUGAGAAAGCUUUUAGUAAAAACGAUGUAAAAAUUCCAAAAUUAUUUUUGAAAAUUUAUAAUUACAUCCAUAAAGAAAAAAUCUCAAUCGCUAAUUUUAUCUCUCAGCUUGAUAAAGACCAUGAUGGCUAUUUAAGUUUUGCAGAGUUUGUCAAAGGAUUAAAGAAGCAUAAAAUCGAACUUAAAUCAAAGCAUAUAAAAAGUGCACUUAACAAAAAAGAAGGCAUUUUAUCAGUUGUCGAUAUCAUUGAUAAGUAUAGGAAAUAUUGAAGAUGCGACUCAAGCUCGAAUUCUGGCUCAGAAUCAGACAGCGAGAAAGAAGAAAAAGUGCUGAAAAAACUAAGUAGCGAAAAGACGCCAGUUUUGGAUAUUAGCGAGACCAUUGAAGCUCCAAAACCAAAAAGCCCAAUAAAAGAAACAAAAAUUUCUGCAGUAAAGAUUGAUCAGAUUUCUGAUCAAUUACAGCAUAUUUCUCUUCGCAUGCAGCUCAACAGAAUUCCUAACUCCCCCCUCGUGAGCGAGCAAAACCAUUGGAAAAAUCCCUAUUUUUUGCCUAAAAACCCACAUAACCAAAUUUUUUAAUAUAAAAGAUUUAUGAAAAAUUUUUUAAGAUAUAAGUGAUAAUUAAUAUAAUAAAGUCCCUAGCUGAUUCUGUUUAAUUUUAAAAGCUUGCAUUUAAAAACAUAAAUUUUACAAAUUAACUUAAUAUUUGCUUUCCAACUUUUGCGAAUUGGGAUUUUUUAAAUUUCUAAAAAAAUUUACUAUAAAUUUAUUAUCUCAAUUUGUAAAACAAAUUAAUCCUAUAAGAGAACAAAAUUUUUUUUCGUUACGGAGGGAGAGUAAAGAAGAAGCGGUGCUAAAUUUAUUUGGAAAAAUCACUGAUAGAAAUAUAGCUUUCUCUAAAUCUGAUUUACUGAAAAUCUUAAACAAUUCUUCAAUCUCACUCUCUGGAAUUCCAGAUUUAGAUCUUCUAUGCCAGUAUUUAGUAGAACCAGAAAUCUUUCAAUCAUUUUCAGAAAGCGAGUUUUCAACUUUAAAAAGCUCCAUGAGAAAUAUCGAAAAAAAGUUACUGAAAUCUUUAGAAAAUUGGUCAAUUUUCUCUCAAGAAGAUGAAAAUAAAUUUGAUGCACAGCUUGCUUCAGUUUUGUCAAAGCACAGUGAAGCUCUUUUAAAUGCUUGCAAGAUUUAUGACAAUGACAGCAUAGGGACGAUUAAACUAUCUGAGUUUAAAGAAGCAGUUAAAAAAUCAAAGAUUACUUUUUCAGAUGAUACUUGGAAGUAUAAUCCAGGCCACAAAAGCUAAAAUUGUUUAUAAUAGGAUCCAGUAUAGUGUCUGCACAGUUUCUGAAUCCCUUCUACCGAACAAUCGGGGAUUGGCUUUGCCAACUUUUGCUGCUGAAACCAACCCUUCAAUUGACAAAUUUGCAGUAUCGAUAGGAUUUGUCAAUUGAAAGAUGGUUUCACCAACAAAAGUUGGCAAAGCCAACCCCCGAUUAUCUCAAGAGACAUCGAGACGAAGGGAGUCAGAAAGCGUGCAGACGCUAUACAUUAUUCUAUAAAAAAAAGAAGCUAUCUAUUAACUUUAUGUUCACCAGUUUUAUUUAAAACAAAUAUAGCAGUUCUUUUUUACUCUCAUAAUAAUGAGCUUGACAAUGCACCUUAUUACAACUUCAUUGAAGCUUACGGGAAUGGUGAAGAAGAUCCACAAGAAAUAGAGCGUUCAAAACUCGUCAAAUUUUAUCUAGAAAAAAUAGCCAGAGGCCUGGUACAAUUGAAAAAGCAUCCAGCUGAAGUUUUUAAUCCUAAUGAAAUCGGGCUAAUUUCACCUGAUAACUUUGUAGAUGGUCUCGAAAUGCUAGGCAUCACAGAUAUCCAGAAAGACCAUAUCAUUAUGCUAUUAGAGUCUCUUCAAUAUGACCAAGAUGCCUCAACUUCUUAUAUACAAAUUAAAGAACUUGAAGAAUUUCUCUUUCAGUUUGGCUUCCAAAUUGAAAAAUUCAGCUCAGAAAGCUCCCCUGAUUUAGUAAGGAAAAUUUCUCUACUGGAUUCCGAAGUAAAUUAUGAGUAUACUGAAGACUCCCCUGACAGAAAUUUGAAUAAUUCUUCUAGAGAGCUCAGCGAAGCUUCUCCAUUUGACGAAAAACCAAGUGAAAUAAAAACAAAUAUUUCAGCAAAAAAAUUCGAAAAUUAUAAAAAAGAGCCACAGUUCAUGAGCCAAUCACCAUCUGGAAUAAAAAUAAAUCAAGGGCCAAUUGAUGAAGAAAAUUAUAAUGACUCUGAUGUUUCAGAUGUUGAUAGUGACAUUGUAAAUAAUUUAGAAAUAAACCAAAAAAGUGGCUCAUUUCCACAUAAAUUUGAGGAAGAAAAAAUAAAAAGCAAAAAAAAUUCAGAAAUUAAGCCAUUUGAUGAUGGUUAUUUUGUUGCAUCAAAGCCAAACUCUGAAAUGAUAAAUAAUAAAGUAAUUGCCACAGAAAAUACGAAUAGCAUAGAAAAUUUGUUGGGAAGUAACACAAUUUUAAGUAAUUUGGAUACAAAUGCAAUUAAAGAUAUAAUUGACUCUGAAUUUACCAAAGGAGAAGCAAAAGAAAAGCCAUUAGAAACUUCAUCUUUAAGCUCUUCAAUGUAUAAUGAAGAUUAUGGGCUAGAUAAUCCUUUCCAGUUAGCUAAAGACAUUACUUCAGGAAGCUCUAUUGGAGGAGAACCCCAUAACUUCGCAAGUAUCCUUCCAAAAGAAAAAAGUAUAAUUAGGACAGAAGAGUCUGAUAGAGAAAUUAAAGUUGUUCAGGAUUUCGUUGUACUAGAAGAAAACCAAUAUAAGCCAAGUUUCAGCUUAGUCCCCCCCCCCCCUCCGUGAGCGAACAAACCAUUAGAAAAAAUCGCCAUUUUUUGACCAAAAACCCACCCUCCGUGAGUGAACAAAAAUUUUUUUAAUAGAAAAAAUUUUAAUGGAAAAAAAUUUUGAUAUAUAAGUGAUAAUUAGUAUAAUGAAAUCUAGAGCUAAUUCUGUUUAAUUUUAAACAAAUUGCGUUUUAAAACAUAAAUUUUGCAAAUUAAAUUAUAUAUUUGCUUCCCAAUUUUUGCAAAUUAGGAUUUUUUUAAAUUUCGAAAAAAAUAUUUUUUAUAAAAUUUAUAUAUAAAUUUUUUUUAAAAAAAAAAAUUAACCCCCCCCUCCGUGAGCGAACAAAAUUUUUUUGUUCGCUCACGGAGGGGGGGGGGGAGUUAGUUAGUAAAGAAGAAAAAUUAGAGAAAAAAUCAGAAGAUUCAGAGCUAGGCCAUCAAAUAAGCCCAGGACAAGCAAUGAGAGGAUCAGCUACAAUAUUUAGUGAAUACGAAUCAGAAUAUGAGAGCCAAAAUGGAUUUAAAACUCCUUUAAAAUCAGUUGAAGGACUUCCAAUCUCUGACCCUCAAACUCUAGUAAAUAAACAAAGCUUGACUUAUUCAUCAAGCUCUGACGGAGAAAGCUUAGAAAUUAGGCAGGAAAGCUUCAUUGAAGAUCCACCCAAACAAUCAGAGAGUCCUGCCAAUAAAGAAAAUAACUCAUUAGUUUCAAUAGAAAAUGCAAACCCAGGAUAUCAGGAAGAAAUAAUUGAAGACCCAGUGAUUGAUAAUAAAGAUACACUUAAAUUCGUGGAAGAGCAAAAACUUGUAAGAAACAAAUCUCAUAAUUUUGAGCCUGAUAUUGAGCCAAUUAGAAGCGAAAAAUCUUCAUCCAGCAUUGAGGAUUUGACUAAAAAUGAAGUCAAAGAUAUAGCAGCAUUAGCAGAAAAAAGCAUCGAAAAUUCACAAAAUGAUUCAGAUUAUAGUUCAGAAAGUGAUUUUGAGAUUGAGACUUAUCAAGAAUUAUAA